CGCAAUCAGGUUCGUGUUUCCAUUACUCUUGUCUCUUCGCCUCGUUACAGGAUCUCUCACUUUAUUCUUUCACAACUCGAGAGGUUUUGAAUAGAAUGAAAGAUAGUAGAAUGGAGUUAUGAGAGAACAAGAGAGCGUAGAACAGUGAAAAUUAAUACGGUGAUGCUGAUAGGAAAGAAACUGGCGGCGGCUGACGGGAGAGUUGAGGAAGAACAGAUGAGAGAGGGAACGGAAACCACGUGGGAUAACUGAAAAUUGUAGUUGAGUCUUAGGUGUCCUUGAGUGCAUGUGGUAGGCAUGACGGAUGGAGUGUACAGUACUUCUCGGGCUCAAGCGAUUCGUCUUUCAGUGCCAAAUUCUCUUCACGUCCGAUGAAAAUUUUCGUUUCGUGGCAUAAAAUAAUCCCGAAUAUCCCGAGGAGAAGAUAAAAAUCCAAUUUCAGUGACGAGAAAAGAAGGAAAAAGAUAAAAGAGGAGAACGAAAAACCAUUUUGAAAAGCAAAAAAAAAGUAAUAAGAAGUGAGAUUAAAGUUCAAGUGAAGGUGCCAUUGCGGGCACAAUAGCACCACUGGUGCCCUCGGCCGUGGGUCCCGAGGGGGUGGACGCCAUGGCGGCCUCGUCGUCCUCGUCGACUAGCGAACAGCAGUACUCACUAAGAUGGAACGAUUUUCACUCGAGUAUACUGAGUUCAUUUCGUCAUUUGAGGGACGAGGAGGAUUUUGUGGAUGUUACACUGGCGUGUGACAGCAGUAGUUUCACAGCUCACAAAGUCGUACUCUCAGCCUGCAGUCCGUAUUUCCGGAGAUUACUCAAGGCCAAUCCCUGUCAGCAUCCAAUCGUCAUUCUCAGAGAUGUCGCGUCGUCGGAUAUGGAGUCUCUAUUGAGGUUCAUGUAUCACGGUGAAGUGCAUGUUGGCCAAGAGCAGCUUGCGGCGUUUCUCAAAACAGCUCAGAUGCUUCAGGUCAGAGGUCUUGCUGAUGUCAACAGCAGUACAGCAGGAACUAAAGUACCACCACCUACUGGAUCUGCGGGACGGGACAAUGCUUCACCGGUGACGUCAAGGAAUCCAUGGCACGAAGGUACGAGAGAUCCAACCGAUAGUGGCCUGAGUCCUCCAUCCGAGAAAAGACCGAGAAGUUACUCACCUCCAGUUGGUAAUCACCACGAGCCCAAAGCCGAUCUUCAAGAGUCACUCCUUGGGCAGGCCCUCGAGGGGGGACCCACGAUACAUACUCCAGCAAAUAAUGUUCAGGCACAAUCAACCGGCGACGACUCAAAUUCUAUGUCCGACAACGACGAGGAGAUGUCAAACAACGAUAGUAUUUUAAAUUCGGUGAAGACCGAGCCAAACGACAUACUCAAUGACUCAAUGGAACACCAUCGUAACUCCUUCCCAGCAGCACUCCUAGGUCUUCAGGGAUUGAUGCCAGGUCCCUCAGGAAUUCACGCAGCGAAUCAGGAUCCAAAUUACGUAGCAAGACGAGGCAUCGACAUGAUGCGAGUAAGAGCGACAGACCCCCGACCUUGUCCAAAAUGCGGCAAGAUAUACCGUUCAGCUCACACACUUCGUACUCAUUUGGAGGACAAACAUACAAUCUGCCCUGGCUACAGAUGCGUGCUGUGCGGUACAGUAGCAAAAUCAAGGAAUUCCCUUCACUCGCACAUGUCUCGUCAGCAUCGCGGUAUAAGCACAAAGGAUUUGCCAGUGUUACCAAUGCCAAGUCCCUUUGACCCCAACUUAGCGUCAAGAUUGCUGGCAAAAGCUGGUGUCAAAGUGAGUCCAGCUGAGUUGAAGGCGAGAGCGAGUCCCACGGGUCCAAGGCGAAAUGACAUGAGAUUAGAGAUGCCAAGAGAUGCACCAUCAGAGGCAGGGAGCUCUGUCUGUGGUGGUGAUGACCCCGAGGAUCUGACCCUACCCCUCAGUCUGAGGUAUGGCUCACCGACGCCUAAUAACAACACAGUUAUUACAAAAAUCUCUCAUAACAAAGCUGUCGCUGCUAAAUCACUCGAGUCAAUGAUGCAUGGACACAGUCGCGAGCCCAAUACAGCGCCGGUCCACACCAGUGGCCAUUUACCUAUGCAUCAUGGUCAUCAUAAUAGUGCACUUGGUUCGUCAGCACUGCUCGACACUUAUUUACAACUGAUUGCUGAGAGCUCUCCAUUGGCUGCACUAGGUCUCAGUCCUGAACAGGCAGCUGCCGCUGCUGUUCAGGCUGCCAAAAUGGCGCAAAUGAAUGCACAUGAAAAAUUUGGGGGCAGGGGGAUGGAGGAUUAUCCUAUGAUUGGACGAGAUGAGGGUCGGGGUAUUGGGCUUGUACAUGAGGAUCGUACUGAGCAUCAUGACAGGAGCAUUGGUAACAAUGAUAAACAUGAGGAGGAGGGAGAAUCGUCCAACGGUGAAGAGGAUGACUUCAGUGAGAACGAAGAGCCUGAAGCUGUUCCGGCUGAGUAAAUUUUAGGUUUUAUCUUUUUAACGGUGAUUUUACCUUUUUUUCAUUUGCGGUCUACUUUUUAAUUUGUUGAAGUGAAAAACGCCUCAAUACAUUAUUCGCGUUAAUACAUGGAACGUUAACAGAAUCCAUCCACUACCUCAUAUAUAGUCUAUAUUUUCACAUUUUUAACGAUGAACAAUUGAUUUUUGAUGCUAAAUUAAUGGAAGUAUGAUCUCCGAAUUUGUAAGGUACAUGUUUAUUUUUCUUUUUUUUUCUUUUUUUUUGACAGAUUGAUACAGUCUCAGUGUGAGACGGUGAAGUUAUCACAAUAGUUAAAAAUGUCCCUGAAAACUAUUCCAUCCGACUACCUCAGUGCACAUAAUAGAGCAAUAGGAACUACAUAUAGAUGAUAGAAGCGUUUUUUUUUGUUUAUGAUGAUGAUUGUGAGGAUGCAAUGUUGAUUAGAGAGCAUGGAGUUUUACGUUUAUUGGGUGGUGAGGGAUAAACGGGUUUGAGACCGUCCUUUGUCGAGCCUCGUGACUUAAUUUUUUUUGAGAAAAUACGGAACACCGGGGUCUCACGUUGAGAGAUGAGGGCUGACUUUGUUGAGGGAAGUUACUUGUAGGUUUUAUUUUUGAUUAUUUUUUCUUCAUUUUCAUGAUUUUCGCCUUUCGAGCCACUGCGUUAAUUAAUACAUUUAUUAUAUGUGAAUGUUGAGACGAAAGAGGGAAGAGAGAAAAGGAUAUAUAUGAAAAAAAAAUACUAGGUUUGUUGGGAAUUUUGGUACACCACAGCACAUGCGUAUUUGAGGCGUGUAUUUUCUUCAUAAAUUGAUUGUUUAUAUCAUUUGGGGAUUUUUAAAUUUAAUACGUUCGAAUCGAUUUAAUUUUUUUGAUAGAAGUAUGUUAGCAAGCGUUGAAAUGCAUUGAAAAAAUAUAUAAUUGACUGUCACAUUUCACUGCUUCACAACUUCAAAAUCAGACUCAUUAUUCAUGAUUUUAUUUUUUCAUUUCCCGUUCGGCUUUUACGUGGCUCAAAUGUUUCUAGUUGACUCAAUUUUUAUUAAUCAUUUUAAUGAAAACAAGUUUUUAUGGAAACGAACAGUUCCUCGCGAUGAUUUUUCAGGCGAAUACGUGAAUACUCUUGCCAUAAACUAUUAUUUUCGCGCUCACCGUCGAGUCUAGUGAGAAAAGAACAACAUAUUAACUUGAAAAACUGGAAAUGGACGAUUAAAUUCACCGGGCAAUACACGCGAAAUGCGUCUGUGUUGCGUGACUGGGAGAAAUACAUCAUGAGGAUGUUAAAGAAGAGAAUAAUAAAGAGAAAGAGAGAUGGGAUAAACAUAGUCUAAAGGUAGACAUAAGUUGUAUACAAUACUCCGAGUAUACUAAUUGUAGAUUUUAAGAGCAUAGUAUCAAUAACGAACAGGGAAUGACGCGUAGCGAUGUGUUUUUUUCGUGUUGAAAAACGAGUUGAACGAGUGAAUUUCAUUAUUGAAAAUUAUAAUCAGCCCUGGCUGUGGACUAAAUUGUUUUCUAUUAUUUAAAAUUCAUUUCGAUUCGAUGAAUCAUCACGCUAAGUAUACGAAUGAUAAAUAAAUUUGGUGUUGAUCCGUAUACGAUUUGUGGUAACAUCGAAAUACGAUUAGUGACUAGAAUGAAAUUAUAAAGAAAUUUGAUGAAAAAAAUGGAAUAUUAGUACAAAGAAAUUUUCAAUGCUAGUGGUUUUUUUUCGGUCGAGAGACUACUCUUAUUCCACAGUGGGCUAGGGUACUUAUUUAGAAACGAAGUGAAUGAAACAUACUUCAUUAUCGAAAGAUCCAGGUCUAAUCGGUACAAAGAUACCAAUUCUUGCCUUGAAGCUCUCUAUUAUCUAUUUUAUAUGUGAAUGAAAUGAAGAAAUUAACGGAAAUUUUAAAAGUGACGAAAUAAAAUUUCCAAAGUACAAAUUUUCAUGCAACUAAUUGAGGAUGUAAUGUUUAUCAACAGUGAAAUUUUACAUCCCAGGAUACACGACUAAUAAUUUAACCGAAUGAAUAUCUGUAGAAGAAUAUCGUUCUGUGCCAUAGCAACUUUUAAAGCAGAGGGAAGUAAUCAAUCGUCGUAAAAUAAAAAUUUUACGCUAGGUUAGAGACAAAGCAGGAAAUACGAAAUUUAAAAUGAAUUAUUGAAAACACAUCAGUAAAGAUAGAUUAAACGAAUACCCAGUAAACGAAUGCGAGAAGAGACUUGGUGAUAUUUUUAAUGAUUUUCUCAAUUCUGACGAACGUUUUUAUUUAAUGAUAAAUAGCCAUAACCAAGCGACAUGUAAUAGAUCAGAGGAAUGAGGCAAAUUCCUUGGUUGCUUCUGAAACGUGACAAAGAUUCGAGUCAAGUCCCAACUUUUAUCCUCAAACAAUAAAUAGAUUUUAUUUCAUUCAUUUUUAAACUGAUAGACGAAGGAAAAUAAAUGAACAGAUAUAUAUGUAUAAGUAUAUGUAUACACAGAUUUUUACAGAAAAUGAGAAAAAAACUAGAUUCAUAUUUUCUAUCCAAGCGGCAAAUAAUUGUAAUAGUUAUUAAUUUGCAAUGGACUUUGUCACUAGAACCGUUAAUAGAUGAAAUAAUGAAUGUGAAGAAAAAUUAUUGAACAAUCAAUCUCAUCUUAUCAAUCCGUUAUAGUCCGCAAUAUUCAUUUUUUUGCAAUUAAAAACAGCGAACAGACAACCAAUUACAGUAUUGCAAUAGUUUAAAUAUAUAAUUGUACGUUCAGUUGAUAAUGUUGCGUUUGAUCAAUCAGUGUGGAGAGAGUUCUACUCAUUCUGCAAUAGAUUCUGUAGGAGCAUCAAGUGAAUUAGACACUUUUGACAAUAAAUAAAACGUUUAUUUCGAUGAGUUUCGGAGAUUUUCCACGCUGUUGUUAAUAACGUCAAUGUUUCAACCGUCGUCUCAGGUACUUAUCAAAAUCAUUUAUGAUGAAGAUUGCAUUGAUCAUAAAUGUUAAAAAUGAACGAACAAACUCAGGUAAUUCAAGCAGACAGGCCGUGAUAUAUUAUAAAUACUGAUAGAAUUUUUUUUCAUUAUCUCUCAGUUUGAUUGUUCCCAUUAAUUUAUAAUGAAUUUUUGCAUACCUACCAAUGAAGUAAAGGAAAUAGGCUGAUGGAAGUUAAUGAAAGAGAGAAAGAGAAAAAUAUGAAUAUAUUAUAUAUCGCCAUAGCUACCUCCGUAAUGAUAAAUAAUCAUCAGUCUUUUUGCGUAUCCAAAUUACUGUAAAAUAAACCACUGAACGAAUGCCCUAACAUAGGAUAUAUAAAAAAAAUCAUUAAAUAUCAGAUGUCUAAGCAUUUUUUGUUCUUGUUUAUUUUUUUUACUUAUUACUAUUUACAGAAAAAUAUUGCAAGAUUCUACCUACUUCCACUGCAUAGAUUUUAAGAACUGUACCAUUGCGAAACGAUCGAGUGUUGCAAUUUGUCAAAUUCAGGAUACCUGAUGGAUCUAAUGUCAAUAUGGACUAUUGAUUCCAUUGAUUUUUUAUUAUUUUAGCCAGAAAAAGAUUCCAAUAAAUACAAGAUUGAAAUCAUUUCACUGCCACUUGUCACUCACUCGUUCGUUUCGUGAUCAGAGUGCUGAUUAUUCCAAAUCAACAAUGCAAUACAAUGUACUUACAGUCACAUGAACAAUUUUUUUUAUGAACGAAGUGCGACAGAACUGUUUGAAUGACUGGAGAAAAUUGAAAUGUGAAAAAUUUAAUUGUAGAUUUGAGAGAAAAAAUUUCGGGGGGGGGAGGGCUGACGAAAUAUAAAUAAACUCUAAUGCCCCAUUACAUUGGAGAUAAUUGUUUGCAUAAUACAUGUAUGUACAUAGAUUAUAGUAAUAUCUACGGAUAAACUUACAUGAUUUCGUGAUAUUUACACAGAAAAAAAAAACAAUCAGGGACGCAUAGAGAAGUUCUGAUUUUGGAGAGGAGCAGAGUGCUUAAAAAAUUCAUUUUCUCCUAUGAAAGGAGAAUUAAACAAACAAUUUUUUCUCAUUAGAAAUAUGGAAUGUGCAAUGAUACUGGAGAGAAGAAUUUAGAGAUGAACAAAAAGAAAAAUUAGUGAGUGUGAAGGGGCGACAACCGAACGUGUCCCAAGCGAUUAAAAUUGCCAACAACUUUGGAAAACAUUGUAAAAAAUACGUUGGAUUGUACGCAAAUUUAAGAAUUACUUUAAUAUCUAAGGUGCUUCAUUAUUAAGUAUUUGUUACGUUGCGUCUAAUUUUUUUCUUUGCCAUUUUUUCAUUAUAUAAUUUUUUUUUCAAAUAAGUAUGAAAAUAAUUUGUUUUAUUCAUUUCUUUAUUAACCAAUCAGUCAUACUAUAAUAGAGUUAUUUAAGGUCCACCAUUAUUUGUUUUUAUUUUACAUCCUGGGGCGUUUACGUAUUACCGUUGUUGGGCUCAGAAAUUUAUUUCACUUCGAGCAUGGAUGAUCGACGAACGAUAAAAAACUGAAAUCAUUAUUCCUUUUACUGCUGAAUUAGCACGGCUAUGACUUUGGUUUUUGUCCGUUCUCAUUUGCGCCAGCAGCCUACUUGUACAUAAUUUCACACUUCGUUCUAUUUAUCCAUGCGCAAAAACAUACGCUUUAAUCUACGCCUUUCAUCUUCAACUAUUUUCAUUUCAGUUUUAUUGUUUUUUACGUGUCUUCCUCGGAGUACUAAACUGCUACCCGUUGUUUUUUGCCAUUUUCUUCAUGUGUAAGCCAUUCAACUUGCCAAUAUUAUAUACAAUAAACGCGUUGGAAAGGUAUUUUUCUAUUUGUCUAAGUUUUUUUGCUUCAUUUCAGGGUUUAUUUGGAACUUUUUUCAGUUGUGUAUUUAUCUUGGAUUGAACAAGCGAUUUUGAGAGAAGAUGUGAAGAAAACAGUUUCGUAACUGGAAAAAUUUCCCAUGGUAUAGGAUAUUUCUAACCUGGGGAGGUAAAAUAACAGAGUUGAGGCCACGUGUGGAAUUACUCCGCACGUGGGUAAGGGUCGUCCUUUAUUUAACCUCCUGUGGUUGGAACCGUAUUUUCAUCACACUGUCCACAAAACGUCGGCACUUCGUGUCCGUCAAACGUACUUUGGUUUCCGGUUUUUUUUCCCCGUGAAAAGUGCCCCGGCGAAAAAUCCCCGGAAAAUUUUUCUCCAGAAAAGUUUCUAUAUCCCCAAGAAAAAAACCUAUGCAAAAUUUCCCUGGAAAAUAUAAAAUCAGACACAUUCGAACGCAACAUUAAUUCAUCUUGAUUUAAUAUCCAUUAUUUUCUUGAAGUUGAUAAUUUCUAAACAUCAUGAAUAACUUACACCCACCUUUUCGUCAAAAUAGGAUUCAAUUCUUCAAACAGAACAUUUACAACCAAACAAAGUUGCCAGCAUUAAUUUUCAAUAUAAUCAGCAACAUACAAAAAAAUUGAAUGUGAAUUAAAAAUUUACAUAUCAAUAUUGGUCGGUAAACAAUAAAAUGGCUAAACAAUUGCGAAUGAAAGAAAAAUGAUUUGUGUAAUUAAUUUUUUCAUUUUUCUCCUAAAAGAAAAAAGAGAAAUUCAACUAGCAUUUUCUGAAGAAAAACUCCAAACAAAAUCCCACAUGAAAAAAAAUCGUAAGGAAAAUUAAUCUCAAUGAGAACAAUUCACCGAGAAAGGAUUGACGGGGAAAAAAUUCCCUUUGCCUUUUUCGUUUACAAGUAACCGAAAAGACUUCGGUUACUUUUCGUUUACGAGUAAAUGAAAAGGCACUUUUUGGCACGAGGUGAAUGUAGUAGCAGUGUCAAAAUAGUAUAUUUCAGUACGUGUGGGGCAAUUUCGUCUUUAACGUGU